GACCUUUCCAACCAAGCCCCCGCGAGCUAUCGUAUUUACAUAUCGUUGCCGCUGCCCCGCCUGGGCGUCCACUGCCCCAGCCCCAGCAUGGCGCCACCGGCGCGCGCACCGCUGCCGCUGCUGGCGGCGACGGCGGCGGCGCUCUUCGCCGCCACCUGCGAGGCGCUGGCGGCCGAGCCGCCUGGGCGCUCGGCAGCGGCGCCAGCGAGCUCUGCUCCAGUGGCGAUCCUGGUGUCCGGCAUGCUGGACCGGCUGCUCGUGAUCCCGCUGCUGGAGAACCUCGUGCGCGCCAACGUUGACGCGGGCACCCCGGUGGACAUCUUCUUUGGGAUGAGGCCGCAGAUGGACGGGCAGAACUACGCGUCCAACAAGGGAGAGAGCAAAUGGCUGGUUGCAGAGGCUGCGUCGCAGAAGUACGUGAAGGACCCAAGAAUGACCAGGCUGCGCGCCACGAACGUCUCCAACAAGGAGCUGUUCAGGCGGCUCUGCGAGUGGUCCCUCGACGCGGGCGCGGGCAGGUGUAUGACGGAGGAGGAGACGGAGGAGCCGCUCGAGCUGCCCGACGACCAGGAGCACCGGAGCGUCAUGUCCUACUACAAUCCAAUCUCGACCGCAACGGGCCAGAACGUUCUGAGAAAGUGGCGUACCAUUGAGGGGCUCCUGAACAGGGCGAAGGAGGCGGAGCUGGCGCACGGCUUCCGGUAUAAUUCGGUGCUGAUCGUGCGCGACGACAAUUAUUGGUUGACCCCGUACAUAUUCGACACGACGGCUUUCGAGGCUCACCCCUCCACGCUGAGGUGUACCCCCUGCUUGGAGGCACAUGGCAUCAACGACAAGGUGCUCCACCUGGGUCGGGACGCCGUUGAUCGGAUGGGGGCCCCCUACCAGGCCUGGAAGCGGGUGCCCCACGACGCGCUCAGGGACAGCCGCAAUUCCGAGGAGUUCUUGUUCAAGCUGGCGAUGUUGGGAGGGUGUCAGUAUCAGGCCGACCAGCUUCAGGUACGCCCUUGGGACCAUGACGGAGAGCGGGAUCCCUUGCUAUCGCAAGCAGUCUUACAACUUGACCGACAAGGGCGGCUACCACAAGUGCUACGACGAGGCCACCGAGGACGGUCCUGUCACGAAGCUGUUCAGGACCUUCAGCUGCGACACCAUGAACCCAGCCUUCUUCGAUGCGCUGAGUAGCGACGAGGUUGCCGCGCUCAGGGGUAGCAUCCUCGAGGCGUCAGGGAGGGCCCUGAACGUUUCUGUCGUGCUCACCAUUGCCGACCUAGCCGACAUCGACAAGGCCGUCAUGACGCUGGCCAGCUUGUUGUCGGCCGACCCGUCCGCGAGGGCCGUCGUGGUGACCCGCGCGCAGGGCUGCACGAGGAUCACGCGCGCGGUCAGCAAUUCCGCGUGCGUUGAGUUGCCCCGGGUACUCGACGACCAGAGGGCCAAGAUCGCCUUGCUUACUACGGCCGUCUUCAGCGGUGCGGCUGGCGGCAUCCUCUUCGCGGAGCCCGGGGUCGAGUUCCAGAAGGACCCUGUAGCAGCGUUCACAGGGGUCAGUCGUGGCCACGAUGUCGUCUUCGCCCCGAGGCAGUCCGCACGGUGUGAUGCGAUGGCUGCCGGCGCCGAUGUCAGCGGCAGCCUGUUCUACGUGAAGAGCACGCCUGGAGGGUCGCACGCGCUCAUGCGGGCGUGGAUGUUCUUGGUCGAGGAAAAGCUUCCCGGAGGCUACUACGUGGGCGAGCGGGUCGUAGCGGGCAUGAACUUCACGCUGCCGGGCUUGUCCCUGAACGUGGGCGACGCCGGUACCGUCCGGGGCCCGUCGCGAAAGGACCCGGAGCGGGUCGUCGUCGAUUUCGACAGCAGGGCCUCGGGGUCCGGCCUCGCGCUGCCGCCGAAGCAGCUCUCGCCGAGCGGCUCGUGGUCGCUGCUCGCGCGCGCCGUGGCGGCCUCCACGGGCGUGCGGGCGACGGCGACGGCGUGCGGCCGGCUGGGCUGGGCGCAGCUGCCCGAGGAGGAGUGAGAGUUGCGGCCGUCCACCGCCUCCGCCUCCUCCUCCUGCUCCUCUCCGUGGCGGUGCUGUCUCUGUGGCGGUUUCCUCUGGCACUCCCUCGAGCUGCUGUGCUGCGACGUCGUCCUGCAUGCGGGUGCACACAGCAGCGGCUACGAGUGCAAGGGUACGGGGUUCAGAUCUUCGCGGGCGUUGACAGCUCUUUGGGCUGAUCUUGAGGGCCGCCCGUCUGUUGCUGCCCAGGCCAUUGCUGUUCCUCCUCCUCCUCCGAACUCGACCGCUUCUUUCAAACGAACCCGCACCCACCAGGACACCGUUCGGGUUUUGGCAAACUCUGGCUUCGGUGAUAGCCUCUCUGGGUCAUAUCGAAUCCCAGAGCUGCGAAGCUCUGGUACGAUGUGGCGGGCUGGAGGCCCAGAAUUCGCGGCAGCUAUGUCGGUCCUAGGGCGCCAUCGCGGCGUGCGAAGUCACCAUAUGCCCCGAAAGGUGUCUGCUUGUUUUGUUCCUCUCUCUCUCGCUCUCUCUCUCUCUCUCUCUUUCUCUGUCUCUCCCUGUCUCUCUUUCUCUCUCUCUCUCUCUCUCUCUCUGGUCGCUGCUCGCGCGGGCCGUGGUGGCCUCCAUGGGCGUACGGGCGACUGGCGACGCCGUGCGGCCAGCCGGGCUGGGCGUAGGAGUGAGGAGUGGCAUCGUCAGGUCCCAAUUCCUUCCUCUCACUCUGUAAGGCCGAUCGCAAGGGAACGAUCGGACUCGGAAAGGGCGUGGAACCGUCUCGACGUUUUGGCGUGGCUUUGCAAUUCGAACUUCGUAUGUUUUGCCGUUCGGGCCUCUCCAGGGGGAUGUGCAUGCAGGACGGCCGCUGUUGUGUACAGCGUAUGCUGCCCUGCUGUGGAUCGGCGGAUGUCCUUGAUUUUGAUGGUUGCGUGGCGCUUCGUCGAACAGGUUGCCACACGUCGAGCACUGCUCAUUCAACCUCGGCUUGCGUCCGCGCUG